CUUGCAUCUUCGCGUUCAUGUCCGUCGGUGUCGCGAACGAUGAGCACGUAUAUUCCGACGAAGGUUGACCUGACGCCGCGGCGCCACCACGGCUAUGCAGUCCUUCUUUUCAUCAUGGGCACUCUUUUCCCUCCUCUUGCGGUCGCCGCGCGCUUUGGCAUCGGCAAGGACUUUUGGCUCAAUCUCCUGUUGACGAUCUGUGGCUACAUUCCGGGCCACGGGCACAACUUCUACAUCCAGAACAUCCGCAACAAUAAGACGCACGCACGCACGCCCAAGUGGGCGCAGCGGUACGGCCUUAUCGACACCAGCACCAUCCGUCGCCAUGAGCGCCGGUCCCAGUGGGCGAACCGCUACAAGGACCGCAACCCCACCUCCGCCCUCGAGGGCCAGCCGUACGAGGAGGGCCAACGCUCCACCCCCUCCCUCGCCUCCGACCCCUCCGACCGCCCGCGCCGCACCAACACCGGCGAGCUCUGGAGCCCCGAAGACGAGCAGUACUACAACGCCAACAACGCCUCGACCGCGAGCAGCGGCCGCUGGAAGUACCCCGCUAACUUCGACGACGCGGUCGCGGAUGCGCCGAAGCGCGGGAAGAAGAAGGGCAAGGACAAGAAGGACCGCUGGGCGCGCACGGAGGACGCGUACUCGACGGCGGAGGAGCAGCACAGCAGGCGGAAGAAGUCGAAGAAGAGCAAGCGGUCGACGGGGGCGAGUAUCGCUUCGUCGCAGACUGGCACGACGACCGAGUUCCCGGAGGAUCCGGAGGGCGGGCUGUAUGGCGAGCGCACUCCCUAUGCUGGCGCUGGACGCGACCGGUCCCCGAGCCCUGUCGGCCGGUCGAGGACGACGGACGACGACCUAAACCACCAAUUCUGAGCCGACCCAGUCAUUAUCUCGAGAGGAGAGCCCAUGGGAAGGACGUGGUGAGCGGACGAUACCAUCUUCGAAGUGUAUAUCGUCGAUCUGCAUAUUCCUACUUACCUACUUUCUAUCUAUCGCAAUCGACUAUUGUGAAACCCCGCUGUCGUUUCUGCUCUUUCUGAUGCCCGAACUUGAACCUCUCCCUACCAUCGAUACCCAUCCCAUCGAUGCAGCGUCCCUGUGUGGAAUGUAUAGUUUACGUGGGUAAAUGGUGCGUGCUUGACUUGACACGUUGACUGCAA